AUGUCCGCCUCCGCGCAACAAUCAUUCCGAUCUCAACUAUCAGGAUUUCGAUGGGCCAACUCCGUUCAAGAUGAUUCGCAGCGUUCUGCCUCGCAGCAGGAAGGAAGCAAUCCCCUGGGGAGGGUAUGGAAUAGUAUGAGUGGGUAUAUACCGCUAAGGAACGAGGGGAGGAGUCAGGAGGAGGAAGCUUACUUUGCUUUAUCGCGGUGGGAAAGAUUCCUAGGUUUUUUAGCGUGCUGUGCAGGUGGUAUAGCAUGUUUCGGUGUAGCCUUUUUAUUCUUACCUAUACUCGCCAUAAAACCACGUAAAUUCGCAUUAGCAUUCACCCUAGGAAGUUGUUUAUUCAUGUUAGGUUUCGCAAUCUUACAUGGUCCAUGGAAUCAUCUCAAACAUAUCUUAUCACCUGAACGACUUCCCUUCUCCCUAGCAUAUUUCGGCUCACUCGCUCUUACCCUAUUCUUCGCUAUCGGUAUACGAUCCACCAUCGGAACGUUAAUAGCAGCUAUCAUCCAGGUUAUCGCUCUUCUAUCUUAUUUGGCAGCGUAUUUCCCUGGGGGUAUAACGACGUUGAGGUUUGGAGGACAAAUGGCUUUAAGAGGUGCAGGAAGUGUAUUGCCUUUUUAG